AUGCUAGCUGUGCAUCGAUGCCGUAACACACACAGAGCUGAUCCCCUGCCCCCCACGCAGGGCUGGCUGGGAGCGCUGGCGCUGCUGAGCGCCGUGGUGCUGUGCUGCUGCCUGCGCCGUCCUGCCGUCCCCACGCAUCACCACCCCCACGUGCGCUGCUAUGGCACAGCAGAGCUGCGGGAUGGAGAGGCCCCUGCACACCUCCUGGGCCGCAGCCUGCGCUGGGAGCAGCACGUGCCGGUGCAGUUGGUGCCCCAGAUCGAGGCCGCCCAACGGCGACGGAGACGCAGAGAGCAUUCCUGCCCCACGCUGCAGCUCCGUGCAGGGCUGCACAGUGAGCCCCACGAGAGAUCCAUCUCACCGUGGCGGUACCGCAUCGACGAGGACGAGGACCGCUACCCCCGCAAGCUGGCCUUCGCCGAGUGCCUGUGCACCGGCUGCGUGGAUGUGAAGACAGGGAGGGAGACGACGGCGCUCAACUCGGUGCUCAUCCACCAGACCAUGAUGGUGCUGCGCCGCAAGCCCUGCCCGCGCCCCUCCAGCCCCGGCCUCAUCACCUUCGAGGUGGAUUACAUCCGUGUGCCUGUGGGCUGCACCUGCGUCCUGCCCCGCACCGGGCGCUGAGCCCGCUCCCUCGGAGCACCCCCGACCCCGUGACCGUGUCACCCUCCUCGUGCUUGUUUUAGAGCACUCGUUCCUCCCACCCCAUCCUCCUCCUCGACCCCAUCACCAUUUAUUUAUGAGUUAUUUAUGAUGCCCGCUGGGGGAUUUAUUUUUGUAACCCCGUAUUUAUUGCUCACCCUCCCCUAAGCCUCCCCAUAAGGCAGCAGCCCUGGGCUCAGCCUCAGCCUGUACCUGCAGCCCUCCCCGGGUGCUUCCCAGUUAUUUAUUCCCCCUCAGUGCUAUUUAUUGAGACC